UAAAGAAAUAAAAAAGAUAUGGAGCUGUCAGGUCACAUUAAUUCACAAACGUCACUUCUUAAUUCUUAUUUCUCUCAAAAAGUUUAAUCGCUGAAUAAGAAUUUUGCACGAGUUCUGUCGGCAAAAUAGAACAUAACUUGUUUCUUGACAGAUACAACAUUACAUUUGUUGCUAUUUAGUUAUUAACUAUCUUAGAUUUUUAAACACUCAUAUGUAUUGUGCCCAGUGGUGUUUUCAUUUGAAAAUAUUUUAAAAUGGCUUUGUUUAAUAACUUCUGUUUAUCAUAUUUGUUUGCAAUACUACUUACGUGUUUAAUUUUAUCUGCUGAUAAUAGUGUGAGAGCUAGUGAAAAUGAUCCCGAAAGUAUUACAAAAAUUGGUCAAGGUGUAGGUCAUGUGAUGAAUAUUUAUUACUGUUACUCUUGUGGCUAUAGAAAAGUAUUUGAGGACUAUGCAGGGAUAAUACAACAAAAAUAUCCAGAAAUCUCUGUUGUUGGUGCAAACUAUGAUCCUCCAGGCCUUAAUAUGUACCUUUCAAGAUUAAUUGGUUUUGGAAAGAUGAUCCUCAUAAUGUGCAUACUGAGUGGUGUGAACAUUUUUGCUUGGUUGAACAAACCUCAACCAGCUUGGUGGAGUUGGUGCCUUGAGAACAAAUUAUAUGCCUGUAUGAUGAUAUUUUUCUUAGCCAACAUGGUAGAAGGCCAACUGGUCUCAUCUGGGGCAUUCGAAAUAUCUCUAAAUAACAUUCCCCUUUGGUCUAAAUUAGAAACUGGACGGAUUCCACAGCCUCCUGAACUAUUUCAAAUAAUAGAUAACACUUUACAAUUUUCAAAGAUGGAUCUACCUAAAAGCAAUUUUGUACAAUAAUUACCAACUGUUUAUUGGUUUCUAUUAAAAGCUUUUGAUUAAAGGGGGCUAAGGUUCUUAGGUUAAGGUAAAAUAUAUAUAAAUAACAUUAAAAGAAGUGAGCUAUUUAGUUAAACUUAUCGAAAAUACGUAGUAUGAUUAUGGAUUGCAAUAAGCCAGGUGAUAUGUAAGUGUGUGUAGCCCAUAAUUUAGAUAGGUACAUUUGAAAAUAAUUAAUAAUAAAAUUUUGUAAACAUAAUAGCAGUAGAUACCACAAUUCGAUAUUGCGAGAUUAUAAAUUGUUAAAUGAAAUCUGGCGUUAAAUUGAAGUUCGAAUGUAUAAUGUUUUGAAUAGUUAAAAUAUGCAAUAAGUAAUUAAAUAUCAGACACUUCACUAAUACGAUACACAUGCAUAUAUGCAAUUUUGAAAUCAACACGCAUGUGGUGAACUUUAUAUAUCAUAUACAUUGUCAUUACUCCUGAUAAAUGAAAAACGAUGCAGAUUAGAAACUAGUCUUAGUUGUACGCCAACAAAUCGCAGGGUAAUGUCGCAUUGCGUCCAUUUUAAAGGAGCCUAUAAUUUCACUGAAUACAAUUGUAGUAAUGAGACUUUCGCGCUGAUGAAAACAUUGGUAAUUGCCGAGUUUUAGAAAUAUGCGCAUGAUUGCACUUGUCGGCUUGUAAUGUUCAGUGGGAUAUACACACUUAGUUUCCAUAAUAUAUAUAGAAUGUCUUGAUACCAUACUGUAAAUGUAAUUACUUAAAUACUUACAUAUUAUUAUAUGGUAGAUAUAGCCAGGUAACUCUAUGUUAAACCAAUGAUGUGCUUAACAGACUUAUAAAUGAGCUAGGUACUUUCCUACCUACUCGUUAUAUCUGAAAAUAUUUGGUAAAUGCAGAAACACUUAUUGCGUGUAAACAACAUUUUAAGCUGCUCGUUAUUUAUAUACCAACAAGCUACAUGGCAUCCUUAUAAUUGAACCCCCUUCUUUGUCUAUAUUCAUAUGUCCUUUGUUCGUUAAGCUAAUUUUUAAAGAUUUAAGAGUUCAGUUACCUCUUUUUUCACAGUACUAUAAUAAUUACUGCAGAUGUUUUCAGUUACUAUUAUAAUCCAAAGUUAAUACUAUUUAUUAUAAUAAAAUAUAUAAUAAUAAUACUUAUCAUUAUUGUAAAAAAUAUAAAUAUGAUUAUACAAAUUACUAUGUACAUGUAAACUUUUACAAUCCAAAAUAUAUAUCUUAAAAUAAGUACCUACGCGUUUUGGGAAUUUCAAUAAAGAGUAUUUUAAAUUCUUUUAUUUCACUAAAAUUCUAAUUUUGAUAUUCAGAUUAAUUUAGGCAAGCAUCUAGUCGGUGGUUGAUUGAUUUCUUUUUAAAGUUCACGGUAAUAAAUAAAGAAAUAAUCGAAA